AUGAAAGUAACUGUAGCGUUGAGUUUAUUGCUCGUGGUUGAAUGUCGGAGCACCUCACAGGUGCAGGAGCAGCAAGCGACGGAUCAACAACAAGUGAAUCCAGUUGCGCUCCCCUCAGAAGCUAGACCACCGACGGGAUUUAUUUCUACAGUUCCUAAGCCACCCCAACAACCGCCAACGAAACCUCCGCUGGUGAGCAAAGCAGAGGCAGCAACCAAAGACCCGAAACGUCCCGGUGGUAGGCCCGCCACUGAGCAGCCAGAUAUCACCGCAGUGGAAGCUAGUGCCCGGAAGCCUUGUCCGCGGUGUAACCCACACCCGUGCCCGUGGUGUAACGAGAGUAACCAAAAGCAGCAACCAAAUCAACAGCAACAUCCUCAACAACAUCAUCACCAUCGUGGCCGUAAUCCCAGCUCCGAACACCGACACGACGCAGCAAUCGAAGGUAGUGCACCAAAGCCUUGUGCACGGAGUAAUCCUUGCCCGUGGUGCAAUGAAAGCAAGCAGAAGCGUCUGCAAGAAAAACAACAAGGAUCGACGCCGACGCAGCCUCCGAAACCUGCAGCAACUACUGCAAAGCCUACUACAAAACCUCCUCAACCGAUUAGACCGGCUCCUGGCACAACCUCGAAGCCGACGCAGCCUUCCAAACCUUCACCAACUACGGCAAAGCCUACUCCAAAACCUCCUCAACCAAUUAGGCCGGUUCCUGACCCAACCCCGAAGUCGACGCAGCCUCCCAAACUCGUAACAACUACUGCUAAACCUAUUCCAAAACCUCCUCAGCCAAUUAGGCCGGCUCCUGGCAUAACCCCGAAGCCGACGGAACCUCCCAAACCCACGCCAACUACUGCUAAACCUAUUCCAAAACCUUCUCAACCGAUUAGUCCGGCUCCUGGCAUAACCCCAAAGCCGACGGAACCUCCCAAACCAACGCCAACUACUGCAAAGCCUACUCCAAAACCUCCUCAACCGAUUAGUCCGGCUCCUGGCAUAACCCCAAAACCGACGCAGCCUUCCAAACCCGAACCAACUACUGCAAAGCCUACUCCAAAACCUCCUCAACCGAUUAAACCGGCUCCUGGCAUAACCCCAAAACCGACGCAGCCUUCCAAACCCGAACCAACUACUGCAAAGGCAACUUUAGAACAGAACAAAAGUACUACAACUGAGCAUAAAGGUCAAAACCAACAACAGCAGCAAAUCACACAACAAAUGCAUCAUCCUGUUGAUGUAAAGCAACAACAGACCAAAUCUUCAUCUAACAGUCAUACGAAACACCAUCCGCAGUCCACUCAACAGGUUGAGGAUUUCAAAACACAUCAUCACCAGCAACAUCACCAACACCACCAAACCAACCAGGACAUAAAGCAAACGCCACAGACACCUACCAAAAGACCAGCUCCUGGAAGCGGCGCUGAUUCAACACGGUGGAUAACACAAAGUCCCGAUAUCCUUAUCUAG